CCCAGCGGGCUGCGCGCCGCGCACGCGCAGGGCGGCGGGAAGAUGGUGCUGCUGCGGCAGGCGUACAGCGCGCUCUUCCGCCGCACCUCCACCUUCGCCCUCACCAUCGUGCUGGGCGCCGUCCUCUUCGAGCGCGCCUUCGACCAGGGCGCCGACGCCAUCUUCGAGCACCUCAACGAGGGGAAACUGUGGAAACACAUCAAGCACAAGUAUGAGGAAAAGUGAUUGAAAUGCUCAGCAGCAGGAUCCAGCCUGGGGUGGCAAAAGAUGCUGCAGAGAAGGAUUUGGCCUCCUGAAAGUGGUUGUAACAAAACGGAAAUGGAAUCCUGACUGAACAACUCCGAGCCAGAUUAUAUCAGCCACCUACUGAUAUGAUUUAAACUGAGAUGGACUCAAGGAGUUCUGCUGCUGUAAUCAAACUUACUGUGUUAAAAUAAAAAAUUCUUGGUCCGUGUCUUA